UUUGUUGUAUUAUAUGGUGGAGAAUAUUUUUUAAAGUUGGAGAGUCUUUUCGAAUUUGUGCAAUUUCUAUUAACUGGGAUUAGAUUAUUUACUUACCUUUGUUGCACAAUCGCUGAAAAUGAUCUGCGAGUGCUUUGAAACAUAGGAAAAUUGCAGUUUCCCUUCAGCUAAACUUUCGGAUUAAGCCAAAUAGAUGUGAAUGUGUAUGUUGUACUUUUCCUUUUUUGGUGCCUUUUUGGCCGCGCUAUACAGCAAAGAAAAAAUUUAAUAAUGAUCAGUGCGUUAAUUUCAAGACUUGUCAUACUAUCUUUUGGUACUCUAUAUCCGGCUUACGCUUCUUACAAGGCUGUGCGCACCAAAAAUGUGAAGGAAUAUGUCAAAUGGAUGAUGUACUGGAUUGUAUAUGCGUUCUUCACAUGUUGUGAGACAUUUACAGACAUAUUUCUAUCAUGGUUUCCAUUUUAUUAUGAAGUUAAGGUUGUCAUUGUGCUCUGGCUGUUGUCUCCUGCCACCAAAGGAAGUUCAACAUUGUAUAGAAAAUUUGUACAUCCUAUGUUAACACGGCGUGAGCAGGAAAUUGAUGAAUAUAUCAGUCAGGCGAAAGAACGCGGUUAUUCUGCUGUGCUACAAUUAGGUUCUAAAGGUGUGAAUUAUGCAACGAAUGUUAUCAUGCAGACGGCAAUCAAGGGCGGUGGAAAUUUGGUUCAAACAAUACGUCGUAGUUAUAGUUUGAGUGACUUGUCAGAGCCAGACCUGCACCGAAAGCAAGAAGAGGUUGAUGAAGUGGUUAGCUUACCAUCUCAGCAGAGAACACUACGUUCCCGGUUUGUUGCACCUGCUAAUCGCCACUCGACUGGGAUGUACUUUACAGAAGUAGAUGUAACUUCGAGGGCUCCUGCAGACUUUAACUACAAUAUUCGUUCUUCAGAUGAUAUAAGUUCUGGUUAUUCAAGUACGGAACCGGUUUCUGCAAACUUGAGUCGCACCUCUUCAAUGACAAACGCUUCCAGACCACGACCUAGAACCAAUAAACGUUCCGAGGGCAUUGUUGUCUAUAAAUUUCAGCAGUUUGUUCGUCCUUUACAGAUCUAUUCUUAUUUUCAAGAUAUUCCCAUAAAUCAAUCGCCGUUAACUUUAAACAAACAAGCAGUUAAUAAUUUUGAUUAUACCCCCAGAAAACAAAACUUUGAAGUUCAUCCAAAUCCACUAUCGUAUACGUCAAGUUUCCCAGGAGAGAUGAUUUAUUUUCUAAAUGCGGACGUUAGUUCAUCUGAUGAAUCUUACGAAAGUGCAUCAGAUAAGGAGUUUGGAGAUGAUCAACAAAACGAUAAGAAUUUCUUUAAUUGGAAUAUAAAAGCAAUGAAUUCUAUUAUAAUAGGAAAUUCAAAACAAAUUUUAUCAGCCGAACAAGUGAAGAGAACUGCCGAAAAGAGAACUGCUCGGCCUUACUUGCAUAACAAAGGCAAAGCACCAGAACCAUUAAUUUUAACUUCUGGUGGAAACAAAAUUAAAUCGUCUCUUAAUGAUAUGUGGGCCAUUAGUUCAAAGUCAAAAGAAACACAAAUUUAAUAUUAAAUAUUCGGAUAAAAUAAUAUCUGCAAGUUAUACUACAUUGCCUCGCAGCAAAAAGGCCGAAAAAGUUAUUGGCGCUGGAUCAGCUAAAUAUCGUA